AUGUUUCCCACUGUCACCCACACGACCCAUCCUGACUCUGAGCCCUCACAAUUCAUUUUACCUGACCUUGUCAAUGAUUGCCACUAUCCCUUGCGAAAGAACCCUCACUGUUAUGCAGUGUCCCGCGCAUCUGAUCAAUGGCUUACUGAUGUAGCGCAACUUGUAGAGCCCGAGGUCAGAGAGUAUCUUGAUGCGGACAUAGGCGGAUGUGCUGCCGUUUGCCAUCCUGAUGCAGAUGCUUUCCAUCUCCAAGUCUGCGCUGAAUUCCUUAACUGGGCAUUCGUUAUAGACGACUGGAUGGAGUGUGGUGUUGUCGAUGUACGGGAAGCGCAUGAAUCCUGUAUUCUUGCACUCCACGAUCCCAUCAAUUUUGAGACGGAGCAACUUGGUGCAAAGAUGUGCAAAUCGUUUUUCAGCCGCUUUAAGGAGACUGCUGGCCCCGGCUGCACAGAGCGGUUCAUCCGCGGAAGCGAAUUGUUCUUCGCUGCUGUGGCUAAGCAUCUGGACGACCGUGCGAAAGGAAAUAUGUAUGAUCUGCCAUCUUACAUUGCCCUGAGGAAAGAUCUAGUCGCGAUGAAGAUCUGCAGUGCCUUGAUUGAAUUCGCAGGUCGAAUUGAUCUUCCGGACGAAGUUGUUUCGCAUCCAGUUUUCCAGGCCUUAGAGGAUGCGGCCAACGAUCACGUUUCUUGGUGUAAUGAUAUUUUUUCAUACAACAAAGAGCAAUCUCGCGGUAGCGCACCCUGGGAAAACAUAGUUUCCGUGCUCAUGCACGAUCGAGGACUAGACCUGCAAGGCGCCAUGGACUACGCUGGCCAGAUGUGCAAAGAUGCCAUUCAGCGCUUUGAAUCCAACCGUGUUGUCCUCCCCUCAUGGGGAGAAGAGGUUGACAGGCAGGUGGCUAUCCACAUCGACGGGCUGCAGAACUGGAUGGUCGGUUCACUUCACUGGCACUUGAAUUGCAUCCGCUAUUUUGGCAAGGAUGGACAUGCUGUCAAGUUGGACCGAAUCGUCAAGCUGCUUCCCAAAAGGCCCUUGUAG